UUCAAUCAUUUUCGCUACGGUUGUGUGCGGUGCUAUUAUUUAUUUCUCAUAUUGCCAGUCGCCGCCGCUUCGUGUAAGUUCCGACGACCCCUCCGUUCAUCCACACCCAACGCGAUUAUUAGCCAAAGAUUAUGGAUGGACCGAGGCGGGCAGUGCACGGCCCGACGGCCGUAGCGGUCAUUUGGGUUGCGCUGAUGCUUUUGGAGGUCUCCGUCGAUGGGCGGCGGUUGGCGGCAGAGGCGAGCAGGGGGAGGCUUGUUUUGGAUAAUGGCCUUGGCCGAACUCCACCGAUGGGGUGGAAUAGCUGGAAUCAUUUUCAGUGCAGCAUCGAUGAGAAAUUGAUUAGGGAAACUGCUGAUUCCAUGGUCUCGACUGGUCUAUCAUCAUUGGGCUACAAGUACAUAAAUAUAGAUGAUUGUUGGGGUGAAUCAAAUAGAGAUUCCCAGGGUAAUUUGGUCCCAAAAGCAUCAACAUUCCCCUCAGGCAUUAAGUCUCUUGCAGACUAUGUUCAUGGAAAGGGUCUCAAGCUUGGAAUCUACAGUGAUGCAGGGACACAAACAUGCUCGAAGACUAUGCCAGGAUCACUAGGACAUGAGGAGCAAGAUGCCAAUACCUUUGCUUCAUGGGAAGUGGACUAUUUGAAAUAUGACAACUGCAACAAUCAGAAUGUUAAUCUGAAAGGAAGGUACAAGAAUAUGAGCCAGGCUCUUCUGAAAUCAGGAAGGAGCAUCUUCUUUUCUCUAUGUGAAUGGGGGCAAGAAGACCCAGCAACCUGGGCUGGCAGUGUAGGAAAUAGCUGGAGGACAACAGGUGACAUUGAAGACAGCUGGGACAGCAUGACUUCGCGAGCCGAUCUAAAUGACAUAUGGGCAUCAUAUGCUGGACCUGGUGGAUGGAAUGAUCCUGAUAUGCUUGAAGUAGGCAAUGGUGGCAUGACAAUUGAGGAAUAUCGAUCACAUUUCAGUAUAUGGGCAUUGGCUAAGGCUCCUUUGCUUAUAGGAUGUGACGUGCGCUUCAUGAGCAAUGAGACGCUUGCAAUACUAAGCAACUCAGAGGUCAUUGAUGUUAACCAAGAUAAACUUGGAGUUCAAGGGAAGAAAGUAAAAUCUAACGGCAACCUUGAGGUUUGGGCUGGUCCUCUCAGUGGAGGAAAGGUUGCUGUAGUUCUAUGGAACAGGGGAUCUUCUCAGGCAUCAAUUACUGUAGACUUUGCUGAUAUAGGUCUGAAUUCAUCAUCUGUUGUUGGCGCUCGUGAUCUAUGGAAGCAUUCAACUACUUCUGCUGAGGGGAAACUGACUGCCACAACUGCUGCUCAUGCCAGCAAGAUGUAUGUAUUGACACCAAAAUGAUUAAUCAUCAUCAAACUUGCAAAAAUGGUAUAUAAUUUGUAUUGAUUUACAUGGCUAUGUGAAUUUAUUAGCAGUGCUUUAACUAUUGAAACAAAUAAUAAAACAUGCAAUAAAAGUUAUGAUUUUCCUUUGA